GUGGCUGCAUGCGGCGUGUGACAGCCUGUUCACGGAGGAGGAGGUAGAGCAGGCGGCGGACGAGGGGUUCGACUGCAGCGCCUGCCAGCCCUACGUGGUCAAACCUGCUGUCCCUGUGCCUCCACCAGAGAUCACCUCAGUCAAAAUCAAGGAGCCAGAGCCCCAGUACUUCCGCUUCGAGGGGGUCUGGCUGACGGAGACGGGCAUGGCUGUGCUCCGCAACCUCUCCAUGUCGCCUCUGCACAAGCGCCGGCAGCGCAAGACGCGGCUGGGCACCCUCAACGGCGACGGCGUGCUGGAGGGGGGUGACCCGCUGGGCCCUGAUGACAAGAAGGACGGCGACCUGGAUGCCGACGAGCUGUUGAAGGCCGAAGUGGGCGUCGAGCACAUGGAGUGCGAGAUCAAACUGGAGGCUCUGGCCAGCCCUGACCGCGACGGCGGUGCCGACAUGGACUCGGGCAAGGGGCUGGAGGACCCGGAGGAGUGCAAGAAGAGGAAGCGCAAGCCAUACCGUCCCGGCAUUGGCGGCUUCAUGGUGCGGCAGCGGAAGUCCCACACUCGCUUGAAGAAGGUCUCGGCGGUGCUGGCCGAAGUGGGGCGCGAGGGGCUGAGCGCUGAGGGGCACGCGGAGGACGAGGGCGGCCUGGACCCGGGCUCGGCAGAAGGGGACGAGAAGAAGAAGCGCCGGGGGCGGAAGAAGAGCAAGUUAGAGGACAUGUUCCCCCCCUACCUGCAGGUGAGGGCAGGGAGUGUUUCCCUGGGGUCGCUCUCCGGCACAGUCUCUUUGGAGUCGUAUUCGGGAGUCUGCCAGUCCCCGUUCCUUGAUAACAGGGAGCGGAGUGGCUUUUUCAGCCCGGACCACUGCGAGCCCCAGAGCCCCUGGGCCAGCAGCUCGGCCGCCACCACCCCCUCGACACCCACGACGCCCACCACGGAGGGCGAGGGUGAUGGCUUGUCCUACAACCAGCGCAGCCUGCAGCGCUGGGAGAAGGACGAGGAGCUGGGCGAGCUCUCCACCAUCUCGCCCGUGCUCUACGCCAACAUGAACUUCCCCAACCUCAAGCAGGAUUAUCCAGACUGGUCCAGCCGCUGCAAACAGAUCAUGAAGCUCUGGAGAAAGGUCCCUGCCGCAGACAAAGCCCCCUACUUGCAAAAGGCCAAAGAUAACCGGGCAGCUCAUCGCAUCAACAAGGUGCAGAAGCAGGCUGAAAGCCAGAUCAACAAGCAGACCAAAGGGGAGGGACUGCGCAAACCCGAGAGGCCCUCGCUGCACCUGCGGAUCCCAGUGCCGCCGGGGGCACACCUGGAGCUGCAGCAUGUUCCCCCGCGCCCGCUGGCCUCCAGCACUGCCCUCCGCCCCGAGGGCCCCAAGGACAGCCCUGCGCCAGACCCUGCGCCAGCUCCGGCUCCGGGCAAGAGCCAUCUGAGCCUGGAAGGAGGGCGGCUGCCCUGCGAGGUCCCAGUAGAGCCUGAUUUGGAUGACGACUUCGGCUCUCACAAGGACCUGGAAGACGAUGACGAUUUGGCCAACCUGAGCCUGGACCCCGACGUGGCUAAAGGGGACGACGACCUGGACAACCUGGACAGCCUGGAGACGGCAGACCCCCACCUUGACGACCUGUUGAACGGCGACGAGUUCGACCUGCUGGCCUACACGGACCCUGAGCUGGACACCGGUGACAAGAAGGACAUCUUCAACGAGCACCUCCGCCUGGUUGAGUCGGCUAACGAGAAGGCCGAGCGUGAGGCCCAGCUCAAGACAGAGCCAUCGGUACCCAGCUUGAAGCUCCCUGACCCCGGGGACAGCAAGGACAUGGCCCCAGCUGCGGAGGAUCGAGAAGCACCCAAGGAAGGGCUGGUGGUGGGGGUGGGCUUGACGCCUGCUCCUGUCCCACCAGGCACCGCGCUGGCCCCUGACCCGACCUUCAAGACGCAGGGCCUGGAGGUGAAGGCGGGUGCACUGCCUGCCGAUGUCAAGCCCAAGCUGGAGGACGGUUGCCUGAAGACGUCUCCCUGCCAGUUCACUGCCGGCGGCCCUGAGCGGCUCCCAGUCCCCAUCAAGUCGGAGGCCCUGCAGGGCACAGAUAAAAUCUCUGUCUCCCUCGGGCUGACCCUGAAAUCAGGCCAGACCCUCCUGAGCCCUGGGGCUGGCCCAGCUCGCCUUGGCUUGACUCACUUCCCAAACAGCAGCCCUGCCGGCGUCCCUGUGCUGGACAAGGACCCCUACGCUGGCCCCGGCCGCGGGCUGGCCCCAGCCCAGUUGGGCAGCCAGAGCAGCCCCUUGCUGGAGAAGUUUGAGCUGGACGGAGGCUCUCUGGACCUGGAUAAGUUUGCCGCUGAGGACAUCAUGGACCCUAUUGCCAAGGCGAAGAUGGUGGCGCUGAAGGGCAUCAAGAAGGUGAUGGCUCAGGGCAGCAUUGGCGUGGCCCCGGACCUGGAUAAGUUUGCCGCUGAGGACAUCAUGGACCCUAUUGCCAAGGCGAAGAUGGUGGCGCUGAAGGGCAUCAAGAAGGUGAUGGCUCAGGGCAGCAUUGGCGUGGCCCCGGGUAUGAACAGACAACAGGUUUCCCUGCUGGCCCAGCGGCUUUCGGGAGCCCCGGCCGUCUCUGAGAUGCAGAACCAUAUGAUGGCAGGAGGCGGGCAGGAACGGAGCAGCACCGACCCGACUCAGGCUCGCCCAAACCCACCCACCUUCGCGCAGGGCGUCAUCAAUGAGGCUGAUCAGCGGCAGUACGAGGAGUGGCUCUUCCACACCCAGCAGCUGCUGCAGAGGCAGCUGAAGGUGCUGGAGGAGCAGAUUGGGGCGCACCGCAAGUCGCGCAAAGCCCUCUGCGCCAAGCAGCGCACUGCCAAGAAGGCCGGGCGCGAGUUCCCUGAGGCUGAUGCGGAGAAGCUGAAGCUGGUGACGGAGCAGCAGAGCAAAAUCCAGAAGCAGCUGGAUCAGGUAGGGCUUUGCGCGAUGGAGAGCGACGACGAGAGCGACUCGCCCGACAGCAUCGUGCCCGCCUCGUCGCCGGAGAGCGUGCUGGGCGAGGAGCUGCUCCGCUUCCCCCUGCUCAGUGAGGCCAAGCCGGAGCUGGAGGAGCGUGUGCUGUCGCCCAUAAUCCCCAUCAUCCCCCGGGCCAGCAUCCCAGUGUUCCCUGACACAAAGCCCUACGAGGCCGCGGAGCCCUUUGGAGCACCCGCCGGGAAGGUGGGGGCGGCAGGCCCGGGCACCCCGUGGGAGAAGGCCAAGAGCAGCGAGGUCUCCGUCAUGCUGACGGUGUCUGCAGCGGCUGCCAAGAACCUCAAUGGGGUGAUGGUGGCCAUGGCCGAACUGCUGAGCGUGAAGAUCCCCAGCUCCUACGAGGUGCUGUUCCCAGACAGCCCCAUGCGAGGGGCCAUGGUCGAGGCCAAGAAGGUGGAGACGGACAUGGCUGGGGUGCUUGGCAGCAAGGACAAAGCGGCGCUGGCCGGGAAGGUGCCGGACAGCAGCUCCGAUGACUGGCUGAAGCAGUUUGAUGCGGUGUUGCCGGGCUACAGCCUCAAGGGCGAGCUGGACCUCCUGACGCUGCUCAAACAGACGCACUGGGGGGCCCUCAUCAAUGUGGAGGUGGCCUUGCACCGCGGGCUGCUCACCAAGUGCUCCCUGUGCCAGAAAACUGGUGCCACCAACAGCUGCAACCGCAUCCGGUGCCCCAGCGUCUACCACUUUGCCUGCGCCAUCCGCGCCAAGUGCAUGUUCUUUAAGGACAAGACCAUGCUGUGCCCCUUACACAAGCUGAAGGGCCCCUGCGAGCAGGAGCUGAGCAGCUUCACGGUCUUCCGGCGUGUCUACAUCGAGCGGGACGAGGUGAAACAGAUCGCCAGCAUCAUCCAGCGGGGUGAGCGGCUCCACAUGUUCCGCGUGGGCGGGCUGGUCUUCCACGCCAUCGGGCAGCUCCUGCCGCACCAGAUGGCCGACUUCCACAGCGUCACAGCCCUCUACCCCGUGGGCUACGAGGCCACGCGCAUCUACUGGAGCCUGCGGACCAACAACCGCCGCUGCUGCUACCGCUGCACCAUCUGCGAAAACAACGGGCGCCCCGAGUUUGUCGUGCAGGUCAUCGAGCAAGGCCUGGAGGACCUGGUCUUCUCUGACUCCUCACCACAGGCUGUCUGGAACCGGAUCAUUGAGCCGGUGGCGAUGAUGAGGAAGGAAGCCGACAUGCUGCGGCUCUUCCCCGAGUACCUGAAGGGCGAGGAGCUCUUUGGCCUCACGGUGCACGCGGUGCUGCGCAUCGCCGAGUCGGUAGGACCCUAG